UUGCACACCUGACUCUUAUCUUUUUAUGAGAUAAAAGGUCACUGCAAACAGAGUCGCACAAAAGCUGCAUCAGAAACCAGAAGUUGCAGGAAAUGCUUUGUGUGGGGCCUUCCAGAUGAAUGAUAUAGAAGCCAGUUGAGAGCUAAUUGGAAUAUUUGGCUGUGUGGCUAUAUGAGGAGUUACUUGGAUGGAAGGGAUAGCAACGAACAGAUUUUCUUUCUCAGAAGGGACUAAGGUUUUUUCAUGUGCUAAUCUACUGGUAAGAAGGUUCAUCAGAGGAGCUUGCUAAAUGGAUAGAUAUCGGGAAUGGAUUUGGCUGGCUUUCAGCCUUUUAGUCUUGCUAACAGAUACUGGGUUUGGCUACUCCAUCAUAGAAGGUCCCAGAAAUUUAACAAUUCUAUCUGGUUCAGUGGCUCAUUUUAAUUGUACAGUGUCAGAAGGGUGGAAGGUUUUGAUAUGGCUUUUCAAUGGAAACCCUAUAUUGACUGUACUGAGUGACGGAACAGCUAUUAUAACAAAUCCAAAAUACAAUCAGGAUGGUUUUCAAACUGGUACUGAGUUCACCUCCGGACUCAAGAUUUUUAAUGUCCAGCUACGUGAUUCUGGAGAAAUAAAAUGCAGUCUCCAGAACGUACAGGACGAUAAAUACGCAUUUCUUUCUGUUCAAGUUAAUGGAUCUUUGACUAUCAAAGCUGGCAACUUGACAGUAAGAAAGAACCAAACAACUGAGAUAAUUUCUGAAGCUCUUGGAUGGGCUCCUGCUCCACAGAUUUCCUGGAUGGUAAAUAAUAGUAUAUUAGAUAAUUCCAUGUACAUUACCAACCAGAGUCAAGGAUCAAAUGGCUUGUACAAUGAAGAGAGCAUUUUAACCCUGACACCAAUGACCAAUAGCACUGUGACUUGCUUUGCCGCUAUAGAUGCACUCUCUGAGCCACAGUAUGCAACUGUGACCCUUACUGUGUAUGAACCUCCUUCAAUAGCAGGCGAUGACGGACGAACUCGAACUAUAAUUUUAGCAGUUGUAUUGUCAAUUGUUGGUUUCCUCCUACUGAUCCUUAUUAUUCUGCUUAUUAUCUGCUGCUGCAAAAGAAGGAAAGACUCCAAGUAUCAAGAGGAGAUGAGAAAGGCAUCAGAAAAGAAAACUGCUGAUAGAAAUUUGGAGACAGACAGACACAACGGACAAGAAAAUUAUGCAUACAUUCCAGAGGAUACAAGGCAUGCUGGGGAAAUGACAGGAGUUCCCUCUUUCUCCCCAGAUAUCUCUAACCGGUACACUCCAGACUGGGAUUUAGACGUGAAUCCUGCAUCACAGGUCUCACCACAGUUUUCUAGCUCAUCACAGUCUCUUCAGCGUAUCUCCCCCGUCCCAUCUUUUCAUAAAGUUAACCGACGUUCACAGAAAGGUGCAGCACAGCAAUCCUGGACUAUUCCUGCAGUGCGAUUCAGGAGCGUCUCUUCAAAGUCCCACAACUCCAGGGCUCCCCAGCUACGUAGUUCAAAACUGCACCCCCAUAUUCACCGAUCUGAUGGCAAACGUCGCUACACCAGGAAGGUGUACCCUCAAAGGUGGCAAUCUGGUGGCCAGCAUAGAUACACGAGGAGGCCAACACACCAUCCUGAACAAUCAAAGGCCCAAGAUACUCAAACCCACUAUUCCAGAAAGCAGCAUUUGCCUCACAGAGGACAACAGAAAGAGAGUCCACCUCGACAAAGUGAGCCUCACUCCCAACCGAGGAUGCAAGAAUUCCAGAGAAAACAAUUCUAUCCUGGCACCAGGACAAAGGUGCUCAGAGUUCGGCCUCCCUGAUAAAGAAAUUACUAUUAUUACUGAUGAUGAUGGGGAAGCAGAAGUCCAAGCCCAGCACAUCUGAGGUCUCUGCAUAAUAUUUGGACCAAGAAUUCCCCAAUGUCCAUAAAAGUAGUUCAGGGUGCAAUCCAAACUUCCCAAACAGGUGGACGGGAAGAAGUGGGCCCGUGGAUUUCCUGUUAGUGUCUGCGGUGGAAGCCAGCAGAAAGCCCUCGGAUGGGGUGUUCCAUGGAUGGUUUGAACUGCCUGGGUUCAACUGGAUCCAAGGUUGCCCCACUGCCAUCAAAUGACAGCAUCAGGCCCAAUCCAGACCUGAUUGCUGCACCACCUCCAAGCUGACACAGCAGCUUUCCUGCAUUAUCUUCCACCAUUGGAGCCAACCUUAGGAGCCAAGAUGUCUUUGCUCCCCUACCCCUUAAAAUAUUUGAGGGAGCUGGGCUCCACCCAAGUUGACAGGCAUUGCUAUUCAAAUAGGGUGUGUGCACCAUGUCAUGUGGUCGAUUAUGCGAGGCGGGACUUACCUGGGCCACCCAACAUUUUAUUCAAGUUGGCACCCCUGUCUUCUACUCCAUCCAACAUGUGUCAGCGCUGUGGAAGCUCCACUGAUCAUCGGCUAGGGAUAGGGUUGUGCUCUUACUUUUAUUAUUAUGAUUAAGCAGAGUUACUGUUAUUUUUCAACUUUUGCAUCUCUUCACAAUUGUGGAAAUGUGAACUACAUACUUUGUAAUUCUAUGCCCAUUUACUUCAAUAAGACUUGCUUACUUACUCAAUGGGACUUAUUUCUGAUUGCACUGCUGUUCUUUUUGCCAUGAACAAAUGAGAUUGGAUUAUUAUUUUUUUACCAUCUUUGAUUAACAGACUAGACCCUAUGAAUGAAAAUACAGUACGCUUAUUUUUCUGAGAUGUCUAAGAACAAUUGAAAUGAGUAGGGAAAAUUCCCAUUGAAUUCCCCAGCAUUUAGGUCAUGCUUUUAGGACUGUCACUAAUCCUGAAAAUUUGAUGACAUUGAAUUUAAAAUUGAAAUAUACAUUUGCUAAAUGAAAUAAGCAAAAUGCCAUGGUAAUUUCUGGAAUCGAAAUGAAUGUUUAUACAUGUAUUUCUGUCCUUUAUUAUUAAUAAUACAUGAUAUUAUUUAUUACAUUUAUAUCCUGCUUUUCCAUCAUGGGCCUAAAGGUGGUGAUCAUGUAAUUACAGGGGUUAUUUUCUCUCUCUACAAACAAUAAAUAAGAGAGCCAUUAGAUAACCAAAUCCCAAAUUAAAAAGCAUUCAAAAUGUUUGCCGGAUAGAAUUAGAAAUAUAUCCACUCUGUUGUCCUAAUGAAUUUAUAACAUAAAACAAAUUAGACAAGUAAUUAAAGGAGAAAUUAAUGCAGUAAAAGGGAAAAUGGAAUCAUGAAGCUCAGUCACUUUUGUAAAUGGGCCUAUUAGGAUUUAUUGAAUGAAGGAGAAAAUAGCUGACAAGCAAAAUGAGCAGGGCGGGGGAAGGAUCCAAAAUCUCUGUGUGCGAGGACCAGAAGGGAUCCAAUGCGAAUGUAGCAGGCAAGAUUUACCGGUAUAUUUGCUGUUCCUGCACACUUUAAAAAUAAUAAUAAUACAGGGACACACCAGGACUCUGAACAGAGCCACACACCCAUCUUUAAAGAGAAACAAAGGAAUGGGAGAGUAGGCAGAGGAGCUAACAAAGACUCAUAAACAUAAUCUCAUGGUUUACAGAAAGGCUUGCGAUAAAAAUCUUCCAAUAACAUUACUGCCAAAUUUAAUAUGUUGUUCAGUUCAUUACAGUCUUUCUCAGAUUUGGCUACUAGCCGAGAUGGUGGGAUACAAAGGUGAGGGGGGCACAUUUUGGGGAAGGGAGGAAGUAAAAGAGUUCAUGUUUUCAAGAAAUAGUGAAUUAUGUUCUGAGGGUGCAGCAUUUAGAAGAACAACGUACCGUUGUUGAAACCCUGUUGGAGUUGUUUCUAAAAGCGGCUCACUGGCUCACACAACCUGCUGAAAAGAGUACUGGUCUUAGGAGAUUGACCUGUUGUUGCAUCACUGUGUAAGGGGAACUUGCCCAUCCUUUUCCCAACUGGGAGCAAAGCCCAGCUGCAGUGCUGAAGCAGCUUUUGUUACCAACUGCACUGUGCAGCAGGGGUGAGGCAGGGACUAGAAAGCUGAUGCAACUCUAUUUGCUGAGUGUGAUUUAGCAAUUCUCUUCCACACUCUCCUACAACAUCCUUAUGGACUUUCUAGCCACAAAAGAGAAGCGGAGACUUGCAUAAAAAGGCACAGUGAAUAAAAUGACCACCUUUGCCUCACAUGCUAACGGAAUCAUACUUAAUCUGCAGCAUUGCAAAGUAUUUGCUUAUGCUACUGUAGCAUGCCAGUCCAUAUGACUGUCUGCUGGUUGCACUCCUAUAUCAUAUAGGCCCUGUUUGUAUGCUACACUAAACCAUGGUUUAGCAACAUAUACUCAGGUAGAAGGGAACUGCUGUGAGCCUCAAAUUUGUGCUUUACCUUCUCCUGGGGGAGGAGGAAGGGUGCGGUGGGUGCGGACCACCCCGGAUGUCACCACUGAGGGGGGUGACAAAAUGCUGGGCGAUACCGCAGGGUCAGCAGUGCGCCCGAGCCACUUGUCUCUCCUGGGAGAGAUGCAGUGGCUUGGGCACCUGAAGGCUCUGUGCUGCCCCAAAUUGUCCGCCCGCCGCUUCCCCCUCAGCUGUAGGGCAGCUGAGUGGGAGGAGGCAGGCAGACUCCGGAGGCCCCGUGGAGCGUCCUGCCCUGGCUGGCCCCACCCUACGGGCGGCUGGCCCCACCCCUGGGCCCAGGACGCACGCACCACCCCAGGAGCCCAAUCGGCUUGCUCCACCGCUGCCUUCUCCUUCUCUGAUGCAGUAAGGUGAACAUUUGGUUUUACUUUACUUUAAAGUCAGCUUUUUUGUGAAAUCUGGACCAGAGAUUGUGGUUCCUAACAAACCUGGUUUGACUUAAAAAACCCACUUCAGAAACCACUGUUGGGACAACUCAACAAGGUGAGAUUCAGAGAAGCGGCAGUCAAAGUCUUCCAUCUGGUCCAGUGAGUAGAGAAGAGAGAAGUGGGGCUCACAGCAAGUCCAUCUUGCUAAAUCACCCUCUCAGUUUCCAAUAAGUACAUACAAAUUUGCAUUUGCAAAUCAGUGUAUGAACCUGUGUCACAAUACUUCAUAAGUAUUAAUGGUACAAGAGUCCCAUCUUCUAUGACAAGGCCAGAUUAAAUGUUUGGUGUUGAAACUCUCACUUCAAUACGUUGUGAAGCAGAAGCAACUCUGGUAUCGCGGUUCAGCAGCACCUCUGGCUGUUAGUAAAGAUAACAAAUGUGUAAACACACAUAUUCUUACCCUGCAAUUUCCCCAGCUUAUUUUUUAUUUGAGAUGCGUAACAGCUGAUAGGAUCUCUGGUUUGUCUCACACUGCUAUAGCAUCAGUGUCUGAGGAGCCGCCAUCUGGCAAAUUAAAACUUCACAACUCUGUGCCCAAUAACAGAUGUGCCCAUAUCAUGCAUCUCAUAGAUGUCAUAACAGAAAUUAUGGGAUGCUUGCAGUAGCUGAAAUCCUUGUCUCACUGUCUGAAGAUCAGCUGUACACAUCCAAGUUUUGAGAUGAGUGGCCCUAGCUGCACAUGCUUAGUUUCAUCUGGGCUGCGUCUACAUCUUUGCAGCUUUCUGUUGUGAUGCUAGACAUGAAAAGACACAUUUCUUUGUCCAGUCAAUCACUCAACCCAACCUUACAUAUUGGUUGGUAUUUAGUCAACUCAUUUCUUGCUAUAUCCUUCAAGACAAGUGGAUGAAUGAAGCUACUGAUUCUGAAAUGGUAUCGGGUAUUGGGCCAUCUUUCAAAACCAUGGUAUAGCUGGAUAAUUUUACCAUCCUGCUGGGCAACAGGGACCACCCUGCCUCUGUCAAUGACAUGGAGCAAUCACAUGCUUCUUCUAAUGUAGUAAGUAGACCUUUCUAUGGUUUCAGGUCCUACUUUUUAACAUAAAAGCACUUUAUCAUAUGAACAAGGUAAAGUGAACUGUUGAUUACUAUGGCUCUUGCAUUUUGGAGAUAGUUACCUUAAUAUGCCAGCUCUUUAAUGAAAGCAAAAUCUGGGGUAACUUUGAAGCCGCUUAUGUACUGAAGGCAGUCUGUGGUCCUUUCUGUUCACAAGGAUUUCACUCAUGACUAAUACGUUUUCACUUUUAUAGUUUGUAGUGCCUGAGGGUAUGAUAUGGGCAGCCCAAUAUUUUACUUUGCUCUCCCAUCAUCUACCUCAGGCUUGCUCAGCCUCAGCCCUCCAGAUGUUUUUGGCCUACAACUCCCAUGAUCCCUAGCUAGCAGGACCAGUGGUCAGGGAUGAUGGGAAUUGUAGUCUCAAAACAUAUGGAGGGCCAAGGUUGAGGAAGCCUGAUCUACCUGACUUCUAUUCUUUGCUUAUGACAAAGGCUAUAUACUGAAAAAUUGGUUUUCAGUUAGCAUGUUGGGAUCCUCAGCUUGGUCGCGUCCCUGAUCUAUUAUUUGGCCUACCUGCAUUUUAUUUUUGUUUAUAGUUUACAUUUUUAUGGUUAUGAAGAAAAAUGGUAAGGAAGGGGAAGGAAGAGAAUUUAAAGUUGAUUCCCUCUUUUGGAUUUUGAGUCUUGAGUCAGAACAAGUUUAAGAUUAUCUGGGAAACUCUUGGUUUCAUUUACCCAACCACUUUAUUUUGUUAUAAAUUUGACCAAAUCAUACCACAAUAUUCUGAUACAUUAUAGGUCUUAUCUAGUGCGUUUUGGGAUGGCAGGUUUAGCUAUAACCGGGUCAGGCUACUUGAGAUGGAUAUAAUUUUGAAAUGUUUUACCAAAAUAUUU